UCCUUUUUCUUUUUGGCAGAGGUUUACAUGCCCACUCUUCCUCUUGUGGCAUGGGGUGAGUUGUUUCUAUGUGCCAGGAGUUGCUCCCAUCAAUUUUCACCGGAAUGCUCCUGUAGAAAUCAAGGCUGUGAAACUCACCAGUUCGCGGACCCAGUUACCCUAUGAGUAUUACUCCUUACCAUUCUGCCAGCCUGGCACCAUCACGUAUAAAGCGGAGAAUUUGGGUGAGGUUCUGAGGGGGGACCGGAUUGUCAACACUCCCUUCCAGGUUUUCAUGAAUAUCGAAAAGAAAUGUGAGGUGUUGUGUAAUGUUCCAAACAAGCCUGUUGUCCUGACCAAGGAGAGCAGCCAACUAGUGGUUGAACGGAUCCAGGAGGAAUACUACGUUCACCUCAUUGCCGAUAACUUGCCAGUGGCCACAAGGCUGGAGUUCUACUCGAACCAUGAGGAAGAAGAGAAGAACAAGGAGAGAGACCUUCAGUUUGAGCAUGGCUAUCGGCUUGGGUUCAUGGAGAAGAACAGGUUCUUCCUGCACAACCACCUUUCCUUCAUCCUUUACUACCACAGAGAGGACGUGGAGGAGAACCAAGAGCCCACCUAUCGGGUGGUUCGCUUUGAAGUCAUCCCACAGAGCAUUGCGCUUGCAGAUAUGAAGGUGGAUGAGAAGGGGGUCUGUGUCCUGCCUGAAGCUGCCAGUGCCUCUGCUCAAGAAAUUGAUCCGAAGAAGCCGAAUGAACUCUUUUUCACCUAUUCUGUGCACUGGGAGGAGAGUGACAUCAAGUGGGCUUCCCGUUGGGACACCUACCUCACCAUGAGCGACGUACAGAUACAUUGGUUUUCCAUUGUGAACUCCGUGGUUGUGGUCUUCUUCCUUUCAGGCAUUCUCAGCAUGAUCAUCAUCCGGACUCUUCGGAAAGAUAUUGCCAACUACAACAAGGAAGACGACAUUGAAGACACCAUGGAGGAGUCAGGGUGGAAGCUGGUGCAUGGUGAUGUCUUCAGGCCGCCUCAGUAUCCCAUGAUCCUCAGCUCCCUCCUGGGCUCUGGAAUCCAACUUUUCUGUAUGAUCCUGAUUGUUAUUUUUGUGGCCAUGCUGGGGAUGCUGUCUCCCUCUAGCCGGGGGGCUUUGAUGACCACGGCCUGCUUCCUCUUCAUGUUCAUGGGGGUCUUCGGUGGCUUCUCUGCUGGUCGCUUGUAUCGCACACUCAAAGGCCAUCGUUGGAAGAAAGGCGCUUUCUGUACUGCCAUGCUGUACCCUGGGGUCGUCUUUGGAAUAUGCUUCAUCCUGAAUUGUUUCAUCUGGGGCAAACACUCCUCGGGGGCGGUCCCGUUUCCCACCAUGGUGGCCCUUCUCUGCAUGUGGUUCGGCAUUUCCUUGCCCUUGGUGUACCUGGGCUACUACUUCGGCUUUCGCAAGCAGCCGUAUGACAAUCCUGUGCGGACCAAUCAGAUCCCGAGGCAGAUCCCGGAGCAGAGGUGGUACAUGAACCGGUUCGUUGGGAUUCUUAUGGCCGGAAUUUUGCCUUUUGGAGCCAUGUUUAUUGAACUUUUCUUCAUUUUCAGUGCCAUCUGGGAGAACCAGUUCUACUACCUCUUUGGCUUCUUAUUCCUGGUCUUUAUCAUCCUCGUGGUCUCCUGCUCCCAGAUCAGCAUUGUCAUGGUGUACUUCCAGCUCUGUGCUGAGGAUUACCGGUGGUGGUGGAGGACCUUCCUGGUGUCUGGAGGAUCUGCUUUCUAUGUGCUAAUAUAUGCAGUCUUCUACUUCGUGAAUAAGCUGGACAUUGUGGAGUUCAUUCCCUCCUUAUUGUAUUUCGGCUACACAGCCCUCAUGGUGCUGUCCUUCUGGCUCCUGACGGGGACCAUCGGCUUCUAUGCAGCCUACAUGUUUGUCCGCAAAAUUUAUGCUGCUGUGAAAAUAGACUGAAGGCACUGUGACACCAGAUGGCACAAAGCCACCAUGCUUUGGUUUCCUCCUAGGAAGGAAGUGGGGAACUUUUUCCUGUUUCUCCCAAGGAAACAAAAUCCUUUGGGAGCAGGACACGGGAAAUAAAAAAAAUAGUUCAACUCUUGGAAUGUAAUCUUUGGCACAGUGUCCGUGGAAUCAGGGGAUCUCCUGGAGGGGAAGGGUGUAUAGAUUCUUUACAUUUUAAUUUUUAUUCUCUUGCGGAUAUAAGGGUUUUUUUAGAAACUCCAAUCCACCCCUUUCAAUGAAUAUUCCUUCGUCUGAUUUUCAAAAUCAAGACAGUAACCCAAGAUUGCAGUGAUUACUCUCGAGUUCAGGGAGAGAGAUUCUUCAAUAGCCUUUUGCUAUGCCUGUGCUGGGAAGAAGACGGCGGGCACCGCAGGCUUCUGGAAAGAUUCCUAGAAAUGGUUUGCUGAAGUUUCUUGUGUGGUCUGGUUUCAGCAACUCUCUGUCCUGGUGCUACAGAGGUGCUAUUUCAGAACGAGACAAGUGCAAUUUUUCAGAAGGGGCUUUCAAACUGAAAUCUUCCAACCUGCCCCUCCCACUUUCUCUUGUGCCAAAAGUCUCAGCAGGCAGCAACGCUACCUUGAGUUUUAAAUGAUGAAUGAUAAGGAACGCAGAACUGUUGCUCUGAAAAUUAAACAGGCCAGCAAACUGGAGAACACAGCUCAGAUGUCCUGGGGAAAUUCUGGGGAAACUUCUUGGACCCUCCCCGCUAACUCCUGGAUUUGGGUGAGACGAGGGACCGUAAGCAGAAAAAUGAGCAAGCUUGCCAUGUUCAUGUGCUGAGGAAUCCGUGGCUCAGACACAGAGAACUGCUGUGGCAAUGUGGAAGAGAGGAAAGGACUUGGGCGAGUCCUGCGUUUCAGAGAGGAAUUGCCUGCCCCCCCCCGGUUCUGCAGGAAUUUGUAAAACCACGUCCCCCGCCCUCCACCCAUCACCGGCAGUCCUGGCAGAGUCAUGUUCUUCCCCUGUUCAGGUCUGUCCUUAGAAAUUAGACAUUCAGUUCUGUCCCUUAUUGACCUCUGUGCAAACGACAUAUUUGGAAAGGGAUCUGCAAAUUAAUUCAUGUACGCGCCAAUCUUUUCCUGUUGCUGCAAGUGAAAAAUUCUUCAAUCCCGAAGGUGGAAGUUUCUUGCCCUGAUUUGGAGUUUGCAAAUCAACCUGAACCUAGUUGCUGGAAGAUGGUUAAAGACACUCCUUGGACAAACCACACCUUUUUCUGUGUUACCAGAAAAUGGGUUUGAUUUUUAAAACUGCUGAAAAAAGUUGUGAUGAGAUUUUUCCUGAGACCUAGAGCAGUUCACACCGUGUUUUCGCCCAAGAAUUAAAAAAUCUCCAGACAUUCUACCUGAUCUGUCCUGAUGGUGAAUCUUACGUGCACUAUGUGGAGAAAAACUCUUCCAUUUUCUGUGAGCAUAUCUUAGAAUAAGUAAACAUGCAUUUCUCACAAUUUAAUGAUGUCUAUUUUAACGUCUCUUUCCCUCCACUGCCCCCGUCCCCGCUUUUCUUGCCCUGCGUGGAUGGAUGAAGGGUCUGCAACAUUCUCCACAAGGCACAAGCAAAACCAGUAUCGUCUGGAGAGGCUGUCUUGGCUGUCGUCUGCCCCUCGCCACCUCCCCAUGCCAUCUCAUUGCUUACCACACCAAGGGCGCAUCAGCCACAAUCAAGGUUGGGCUAAGAGCCGCAGGAUUUGUGGCCGAGGGAUUCCUUGGUGAACUUUGGUUUGACGUGGAGUAUUCGAGUGGGUCACUUUCCCCUAGGUAACCUCUGCCCCAUCGGAUCUGCUCUAGCCAUGCUGUCAGCCUUGUAUUUUUAAUGUAUUGUUUGAGCCCGAAUGUAAAUAAAUACGCUGUUGUCCGAUU